AAAUGGAAAUUGGAUAAGAAACCUCAUCAUAUUUUCCUUUAAGCUUUAAACAACUCCAGGAUAGAGAUCCCAGAUAUUUAAGGAACAGAGGAACUUUGCAGCUUUGGAAAAAACACGAUUUACAUGGAGCUGCAAACUUGAUCCAGACAAACAAGAAUCUCUAAGAGCUGGGAAUCAAAUUCAACAUAACGUUCUAAAGAUAUGACCAUAAAUGAGUCCUGUGUCCUUUGAACCAGCAGUUGGGGAAUGUCCUUCGGACUCUGGACUGUGCGCUAAUCAUUCCAACGAGGUUUUAUCAACUUUACACCUGCUGUAAAUAUUGACCAGAUUUCCUCAUUCCACAGACCGAGGGGAAAAGAGAAGUUUGGAGCUUUCUCGGCAGAAUCCCGUCAUCUGAGGUACAAAUGCUAAACUUGAACUUUGUAUGAGUUUAGGACUGUCUUUUAGAUGAACAGACACAAAUGCUCAUGUCUGUAAAGAAAAAACCUGCUGAUAUUUGGAUAUUAUUAACAAGGAAUUGAUAUUAACAAGGAAUACUGGUAACUCCCAGGCUGCCUAUGGAACCCUUUCUCAAUGUGGGAUUCUGUGAUUAGCAUGGAUGUCGGUGUCAUGGAUAACUUUACAGAAUCAGGUAAUAAUGAGAACAUCAGUGAUGCUGUAGGGCCCACUGUUGUCGAACAAGUGCUUGUCCCUAUACUGGACACCUUCAUCCUAGUGACUGGAAUGGUUGGACACAUCCUGGUCAUCAUCAUCAUCUUGCGAACAAUGAAAGGAGCACAUGCUGGACUCUAUCACGCUAACACAAAAGGAACCGACAUCCUCCUUCUGAAUUUAAGUGUAGCAGAUAUCUUCCUCCUGUCCUGCGUACCCUACCACACCGUCGCCAUAGCGACCAGACAUUGGCUCUUUGGAAGCUUCAUGUGCAAAGCGGUCAGCUUCAUGGGAGCCACCUGUACCUCUGCUAGUGCCUUUACGCUAGCCGCGCUAGCUUUUAGUCGCUAUUUGAUUGUGGUUCACCCAACCAAAGCGUACCGUUGGCGCAGGAGCAGGCAUUUAAAAAUCGCUACUGUGGUUCUGUGGGUCCCGGCGAUCAUCUUGGGGAUUCCACAGUUCGUUUGGAGGACGCUAAUCUCAGGGAGCGAAUUGCGCUCCACCAGGGAGGAUUUAAUAUGUUUCAGCUUCCUGUCUGACCAGGGCCAGAUAGCGUACGGCAUUUGCCACUUUUUACUCGCCUUCCUUUUUCCGCUAGUGAUCAUCACGCUAGCUUAUGGCAAGAUAUAUCACUUUCUGCACAAAACCAGGCAGAACCGUCAAACCAACCAGAUGGACCGGUUAGAACAGUACCAGACGCAAGUGACCCACACGUCAGUUCUGCUGGUUCUGGCUUUUGUCUUGUGCUGGCUGCCUUCCUAUGGACUGAUGCUGGUUCAGCUCGCGUAUCAGGCCACAGGGACCGGGCCUUUGCCCAGAUUUGGACCGUUUGCUACGUUUGCUCGCGUCAUGGCCACUUCAUCAACCGUCGCAAACCCCAUCCUGUACGUCUUCAUGUCACAAAAAUUCAGAAAGGAACUUAAGAAACUCGUGAGAAAGAGUGACUCCUAAAGCCAUGUGCUUGUACUGUACGAACUCGCCCG